AGUUCAUGCUCCUGUCACUCAACAAUAUUCCAGAGAAUUCAGCUCGAGGAUCCGGUAGAUGAAAUGCGCGUGAAGGGGAAAGGUUGUGUCGCGCGAGAAAACCCAAUAUCACAAGUGUGCUGGUAAACAGAUGGCGGCGGCGUCGCGCGAGAUUUGCGCCACUGCGCAGGUGAGCGCUUUCUGUUUCACACGGAGGCAAAUGAGCGCAGCCGAGAGGCGCUCGCGCACCUGGCCGAGCCACACUGACGCAGUCAUGCUUUCACUUGCCGCUUGAGAAACGCUGGCGCUCCUUAGGGAUCCUCCACCUUGUUUUGGGACAAGACAUCUCACUCCAGCGCUGUUUGAGUCUUUGUAAGACAUUGGAGACGGUGGUGUUUUUUUUUUUUUUUUUGGUUGAGACAGUUUGACGGCAUCGAUGGAGAAGUGGGCGUUGUUUCUCCUGGUCGCGUGCGGCGCUUCUCACUCGGCGCGGUCAGGCUGUGAGAACCGUGUGUGUAAUCCUCGUAUGGGCAACCUGGCCACUGGGCGCCCCGUGCUCACAGACACACAGUGUGGCUCCACUACACCAGAGUACUUAUGUCGCUAUGAUGAUGGCAGCUGUGUACCACAGUGUGAAGUGUGUCACCCUCAUGCUCACCCACCCAGCUCCAUGACCGACUCAUCCUUCACACAGCCACCUACAUGGUGGCAGUCAGCUGGAGACGCUAUCACUGAAAUAUUGCAGUUGGACAUGGAGGUGGAAUUUUACUUCACCCACUUGAUUGUGAUCUUCCACUCACCACGCCCCGCAGCCAUGAUUAUGGAGCGUUCGCGGGAUUUUGGGCAAACCUGGAGCACCCUGCACUUAUACGCCCGCAACUGCAGCUCCUGGUUUGGGCUGAAAGAUGGCCAUGGCUGUACUGAGAAAUACUCCUCGCCAAGGCCAUGUAGUGGUGGAGAGGUUAUAUAUCGUGUGCUCUCUCCCUGGGACAUAUUAGAACCCUACAGCUCAGAGGCUCGUGCCCAUCUUGCCAUCACCAACCUCCGAGUGCGCCUUCUGCAGCCCCAAGCAUGCCCAUGUCAGCUCAAAGAGAGUAAUACCAGCCUCCUCAGUGUCCCCUAUGCAAUCUCUGACUUCAUCCUGAAGGGAGCCUGCUUGUGUCAUGGCCAUUCCGAUCAGUGUGUGCCAGCCAAUGGUGACCCAGCCACACACCAUCAUGGCCACCAUAUGGUGCAUGGCAAGUGUGUGUGUCGGCAUCACACAGCAGGUGAUCACUGUGAGAGAUGUGAUCGUCUCUAUAAUGACCGACCAUGGAGACCAGCAAGUGGCCUAACUGGUGAAGCUCACCAGUGUGCAAAAUGCAAGUGUAAUGGACAUGCAGAGAGCUGCCACUUUGACAUGAGUGUGUGGCUGCGUUCUGGUCAGAGAAGUGGAGGUGUGUGUCAUUGCUUGCACAACACAACAGGUCGACACUGUCAACAGUGCCAGGUUGGCUUUUACAGACAUCCAGAGAGAUUACUGACCGCUGCCAGCUCCUGCACAGCUUGUCUGUGUGACCGUGUUGGAACCGAGAGUUGUAACCCUGCUAAUGGAGACUGUAUCUGCAAGCCUGGUGUGAUAGGCCCUCUGUGUGACAAGUGUAUGCUGGGAUACUGGGGUUUCAGUGAGUACGGCUGCAGACCUUGCCACUGUGCAGGCGACUGUGAUCCAUACACUGGAGACUGCAUGACGAGGUCAGAUUCUGAUCACAACGCCACCUUAUUUCGAGUAGAAGAGCUUUUUUCUGCCCUGAACUUCCAAGAGAAAUGUGUCUGCAAACAGCAGUCUCUCAGGAACCGUAAAGUCUUCUGCAUUAUGAAAUAUUCCUAUGCUCUGAAGGUAAGAGUGCUGGCAGCACACGAUAAGGGCUCUCAUGCCGAGGUGGAUGCUAAAGUUCUGAAGGUGUUGUGGAGCAGCUCCCCCCUCAGGCUCAUGCAAGGAACUGUCACUCUGUAUCCAGAGUCAUGGACCACUCGAGGCUGUACCUGCCCUGUACUGUACCCAGGGGAGGAGUAUCUUGUUGCUGGGCACCAUGAUGCAAGGAAAGGUCACCUUGUAGUCAACAUGAAGAGUUUGGUGAAGCCAUGGAGAGCCAAUCACAGUCGUCGAGUGCUACAACUCCUGAAAACUAAAUGCACCUGAGUUAGAUAGCAAGUUUUGUGCAACUGGGUAUCGCUGGUUGUGUGUGAGAGAUGAGGUCAGUUAUGAAUGUCUCUUGUACAGAAUGUAUAUUCAUUGAAUGUAGAUAUAAUAAUGUAUGCAAUUUUGUAGCCUGUACAUAACAUGCUUUUUGUACAUAAUGUCAUGAUGAAAUAAAAUGCAAUAGAAAAUGGCUGAGGACAGACAAAGAAGAAAUAUAACUGGCAUUUUUGGAAUUAUUUCUUCUAGAACCCAGCUUUCAGGAAAAUACCAACUUGAUGAAAAUACUCAGACUGUUCUUUAAAUAAAUUACUACAGUUGGAAA